ACCAACCCACCACCGUACUGUUGUCGUCCUCACAGUGUCGCGAGCCUGGUCAGGGGAUGGGAGAACACAAUGGGGGACGCGUGGCACUUGUCCUGAUCAACUUCCUCGUCUUUGCUGGCACUGUGGCACUCAACCAGCUGUCAGUCUUCCCUCAAUAUGCUGGAGGGAUCUUUAAAAUGCGUCCAGGGUAUGAGACAAACUAUGGCCUUGGUGUGUCCCCUCAAGGCAUCUUCAACUCCACGGUGGGGAACAUGUCAGCCAAACACGAGAUCGAUGUGACUCCAGCUGGCUUCACCUUCAUGAUCUGGACCGUCAUCUACAUCUGGCUCCUUCUGGCUCAUCUCUACGCUUUGAUCCUGCUGUGUCGCCGUAACGCUGUGGGUCCUGUGUACGUGACCCCCGCCGUGCUUACCUCCUCGUUCCUCAUCACCUACACCUUCAACCUGCUGGGGAACAUCGCCUGGCUGUUUGUGUGGGACCAUAACCUCAUCGUGUACUCCUCCGCCGUCCUCUGGUUCAUCUCUCUCACCAACUGGAUAGCCUUGGGCAUGAUACACUACAGCUUAUACCGCCACGGACCAUGGAUGUGUCGCCAUGCCAAGGUGGAUAUGUGGAUGUACCGCAUCUUGUGGCACAACGGCCUGGCACUCUACACCACCUGGACCACUGUCGCCGCUCUCCUCAACCUCGGCAUUGUCCUCAGGGAGGUGGCUGGGAUGGAGAUGCAGAUAGUGGUAUACGUGGUCCUGGGGUCACUCUCUGGCAUCAUGGUGCUCUGGUUCAUCUUGGAGAACACUGCACUCGACCGCUUCGUCCGCUAUACUGUCACCCCUUACGCUGUGGUGGUGUUGGCGAUGGUGGGAAUCUACAUCAAGCAGUACGCCGAGGCCACCAAAGAGACCGGCUACUUCAUUGUGGUACUGCUGGGCGUGGCUGUGUUCUGCUUCGUGGCUCGGCUGGGACUGGUGGUGGUACGUGCCUGCAAGAGUCCACUUUAUGUCAACAACAAGAUCGGCGACGACCCCGUGCUGAGCUACGCUGCAUGAUACUGGGGUUACGUCGACACUUCUGCCACGCAAGUCGUCGCCACAUACUCCAGCCUCUAGAGAGAUGAUGCCUUGCUCUUGCACAUUUAGUAGUUUCUAAAUGUUGUUUAUUUCUUGCUGGGGUGAAAGUUUGUGUUUAUUUCACGAGGUGAUAUAACUUAGGAUGUUAAUAUCCUGUAGAGAUAAUUCUAAAUGUUGUUUGUGUAAUACUGUGUCCAGAAUUUUGUUCUUGUCAUGAUUUAACUUAUCGCGGCACUAUAACACAGUGACUCGGUUACUUCACAUGGCAGUGUUGAAGUGUAAGGGAAGCUUUUCUCAGUAAAUCAUGAUACGUCUUUCUCUUUUCUGCUCUUGACUUCUCUGAAUAAUAUUUCUUUCUAAAAAGUAACACAUCAAAGUGAAGACUACAUAAGACUUGAAGUCAAACCUAUGGUCAAUGCUAAGUAUUAUUAUUGUUUUAAUGGCUGAAUAUAUGGGAGGAAAUAAGGGCUGUGGUUGCUUCACUACUGUAUACUGACUGUCACAUUCACUGAAGGUUGAGAAUUCAUUAUUCAUCUCCUAAUGUUAUAUAUAUAUAUAUAUAUAUAUAUAUAUAUAUAUAUAUAUAUAUAUAUAUAUAUAUAUAUAUAUAUAUAUAUAUAUAUAUAUAUAUAUAUAUAUAUAUAUAUAUAUAUAUAUACAGUAUAUAUAUAUAUAUACACAUAUACAUAUACACACACACACACACACACUUGAACACUGUCGCCUUUGUAUUUGCACGCUGUACAGUACAGUAACAUAAUCACUUCUUAAGUUUGGUGUACAGCUGUUAUAUAAUUUGAGUUUUUAGGGCCGAAAGCUUCAAUAUAUUUCCUCUGAUGGAGACAUUUAUUCUGAAACCAAUAAUAUUUUGUUUGAUAAUACUAUAUACAGCAUUAUAGUACAGUAACACUAAGAUAAACCUCCAACAGAACUUCAUAAAUUUGUCUAACCAGACAUUCUCUUUUCAAAUAAAUUACUUUAAUUGGUGAAAUAAUAUAAAAACAAAAACCCCACCAGCUGAAGCCUUCACUGAUCACAAAGGUUGAACAGUUAUCAUUACUGGUCCAGAAACUGAGAGGCAGCGAACACCUCUCACUGUUUCUUGUGUAUAAAGUGUUCAGGUCCUAAUGAUGCAUCAGUGUUGUCGUGAACCACAACCAAUACUAUGAGCCAUGAGAAGAACUUUUAUUAUUACUGUUGAAGGUAAUUCUUUAUACCAUUGUAGAUAUCGUUAUCAUCUGUGAAUAUUUUAUCUUUGCCUUACACUGACGUCAUCCACCACUAAUGGUACGACUUGCUGGCAAAUUGCUUGAUUUUUCCUUCAUGUUGAUGUAAUAUGAGUAAAAAAAAUGUUUUAAAUAACCUGUAAAUGUUUUAAGUACUGUGGAGUAUUUCUAAAAUACAUGUAACACAUUCAUCUAUAUAUUGUAUGUCUCAGAUUAUUUUUUAAAAUUUCCUGUAUUCUUCAUUACAUGUUGUAGGUGUAAGCUGAAACUAAAGUUGAUGAAACAAGUCUCAGAGGUUUAUGUUAUGUCUGUAAAUACCUGUAUUGUAAUUAGUAUAGGUGAUGACCAGGUGAUGCAUUCUUCAGUCCAGUGGUGAGAGGAGCACUGAGGUUAGGUCAAACAGUUUGUCAUUUUCACCAUUGACAGAAAGUAUUAAAAUAAGGUACAUGGUUGUGUAAUAUUGCAGUUAUGUAUCGAUACAGUAAUAUAAUAAUAAAUAUGUCACCUGUGAACGUGAAUGACGGGGUGAGGACUUGAGAAACAUGCUGUGAAGGUUUAAGUUUACAAGAGCUGUUAAGGAAUGGUGUGGAAGGGGAGAGGUGGGGGAGAGAUAGACAAAGUGAAGUGUGGAAGGGAAAGAUACUGAGGAGGGGAAGUGGUGCAUUUUACUGUUACUUUUAUCAAUAAGUUGUAAUAACAGAUUUGUAGAAAUUUCUUGACAUAGGAUUUUGCUUUCUGCAUUUUAUACAGGUAAAAUAAUGUCUUGCUUUGGAAUGAUGUGUCAUGGUGGAAAUUUCUGAAUCGUCUUACUAUAACGUCAAAGGUACAGAGAAAAUGUAUUAUAGUCAUAGUGAUCAAAAGUACAGUAGACGCAUUAGUCUUCUCAGUCUUCAGUACAGAUGUCAUGUAUCAUUCUCAGUACAGUUGCUGUAUUUAUGAAUCUUGUGCUGAUUUUAAGUACAGAGGGUGGUCCUUUCAGCCGGUAGUUCAGAAGUUAUAAUCCCUACCUGGUACACAUCACUAAAAGGCAUGUCUUAGUUUUCCUGUAUUAUUUUAUUUUAGGUAGGAGACCCCGCGCCAUUUGCCCUCGACGGACAAACAAAUGAAGGUGCUGCCAAUACAAUACAAGAUAAGGUCACUUUGUUUACUCUAAGAAAUUCUUAUGACUGGUUUGUAGUUUUAAGACGAAUUGAUUGAAUAUGAAUGUACAUGUUUAAAUUUUAUAGACUUAAAUGGAAAUUAAACACAGUUUUGGAAUAAAA